AUGGACAGCUCCAGAGCGGGCCUGUGUCCAGGGCGGCCGCCGAGCCGGCCUGGACGGAGGGACCGGGCUGGCUGUUCAAGCCGGAGGGCUGGAGAUGGGCAGACCCCGUGCACGAAUAGGGGACUAUGCAGACGCGACGGGGGGCAGCUGGCCCUAGCUGGGAGAUCUGACACAGCCACAGCAGGUGUCUGGAGCUCCCGGGACUGGGCCGAGGAAGAGAAUCGCCGCACGGGACAGCAGGGCUGGACCGGCGGUGAGGUGGGACUAAAGGUUGGAUUUUAAGGCGGGGGCGGCUCCCGGAGACACGCGCUCAGGUUGGAAGGUGGGGUGAAUGGCCGGUCGGCGAGUGCACCUUACUCUGCACCCCUGCGCCCACCUUGGGAACUGCACGCGGCACCCUCACCCCCCACGCUGGUGAUAGUACGGCCUGCAGGCCUCCCCUGGCGAACGAAGCUAAUGGUUCGUUCCACCCCGCCCACACAGAGGCUGCCCACCGGCUCUGCAGCUCUCGGGACUCCUCCGUCAGACCAACUACAGAAGGGGUUUGGCCUUCGCCCUCAGUCUCUCUUAAGGGCAGGGGACGUUGUCUUCGGCUCUGACCCCGCACUCGGACCCAGACCAGGUCCCAGCCUCCGCCUUGGACUUAUCCCUAGGAAGCCGGCCAACCACCGCCUUCAGACCUUGGGGGAAAGUUCUGCCUCUGCUCUCAGGCUCUGAAAAGCAGUCUCUGGACUUCAGCUUCUCUCCACCCACCCCCACCAUCUCAAGACACUCUAGCCCCAGGAUGCAGGACAGAUACACAGACACUCAAUGAGGGUCAAAGAUCUUUAAAUAAGGAGCCGGUGACAAUAAAUACUGUACAGGGGAGGGGGUGAGGGUGAGGGUCCAGAUCUGUGGUUUCAGCCUCGAGACUCCAAGGACCUGCAAAGAGGGGGAAGAGAGGGGAGUCAAGCUCAGGGAAGGGGACCUGGGGAGGCAUGGGAGAGAGCCGGGCCUGGGCCCAGGGCAGUGGACUGAGGGAUUCUGGAGAGUCGGCUGCAGACCUUGGGAUGAAAGUGGGCCUAGGAGACCCCCCAAAGGAUUUAGCCAGGAUAGCUUGUGAGAGCCUGGGUCAGGGGUCAAGGGUCAGAACCCCAGAGAGAGGAGCCGGGGCUGGGGGUGGUGGCCAUCAAGGUCCCAGAAGUCACUGGUCUGGUCUGGUCUGGGACUCUGGGGAUAAAGGAGGCGGUGGAGGCCGCAGGGGUGUGGUGGCAAAGGGCUCACGAGUAGCUCUGGUGCUGCUGGCGCCGGCGAGCAGAGCGCAUCUUCUCGAAGCGGGCCUCCAUCUCCUCCAGCACGCGAGGCGUGUAACGCACCACCAGCUUCACCGAGCCCUGGGCUGCCUUCAGCAGCUCCACUGCCUUCUCGUGCUGCUCACCCUCAACACUCUGCAGGGUGGUGUACAGACACCUGGGCCUGGGGCCUCCCACCCACACCCAGCCCCGACCCUACUGUGGGUGAGCCUGGUACCAGCCCGGGCUGCCAGGGCCUUGUGUCCUUCUGGGAGAGGCACAUUCACUCUUGGCUCAGCGUCCUCCUCCCCCCAAACCUGCCAAGUUCCUCAUGUCAGGGACAAGCCCUCAAAGCCCUCAGUCACCAAGCCGGACCUCCAAGUCCACCUUUAUCCCCUCCCUCCCCAAAGCCUGCUGUUCCCCGGCCCCAUCCCUCCUGCGCUGACUCCCUACUUUGUCCCUGCCACCCUGGCCCCAGUUCAGGCCUCAUCUUCUCCCCAGGGACUUUCACCUAGCCUCCUCCCUAGAACUUCUGGCCUCCAGUCUCUACCUUCAGUCCAUCCCCUACAGAGUUCCAAAGGGGUCCUUCGACCCCUCCAAGCUGAGCCUAUCCCUCCGCUGUUCACAGCCUUCCCAAGGCUCCCCAGAACCCUUGAGACGAAGUCCCAGCUUCCCAGGUUGACACUCGGGCCCUGUAUGGCUGGCCCCAAGCCCUUUCUGUUCAGCUCAGAGGAGUGUAGAGUCACAGCCCCGACCUACAACAUCCUCAGCUAGUAAUACUCUUCUCUACCCUAUUUGCCUGGAGAACUCCUCUGCAUCCUUCAAAACCCAACUCAAAUGUUCCUUCCUCUGCAAAAACUUCCCUCACCUACGCUGGUCUGGUGUCCCAUUUGGGCUCUCAUAAUGCUUUGUGCUUCCUCAUUAUUAUCUCCCUGGAUCAAGAUUAUUUCAGUCAGAGUCUAUCUCUCUCACCAAAAAGGAGUCCUUGAAUAUGGGAGCUGAGGCAAACUUCUUUCAGUGUCUCUAGCGGUGCCCAGCACAGGGCUGGACAAAGAGGCAGUGCUCAAGCGGUGCAUGUUGAAUGAAUGUCAAAAGCAGGGACUGUGCUAACCUUGAACAGCCCGGGAGCCCAGCCUCAGUCCCCACUCACCACGCCAUUCACGGACAGCAGCUGGUCGCCGCGCUUGAGGCCUCCGUGGCGGUCAGCUACGCCUCCAGGGAUGACACGGGAGAUAUAGAUGGGGGAGUUCUGCUCUUUGCCCCCCAUGAUGUUGAAGCCCAGGCCCUCAUCUGUCUUGGGCAGCUCCACUACCCUGGGAUGUGCAUGGCCCUCACUGGCUGUGAAGGCAGCCACUGUGGCCUAGGAGAGAAAAAGUGUGGGGAGGUGAGGGCCCCUCCCUGGUGGGUGUACGGACGAGGGGGGAGGAUCUGGGCCAGGGAGAGCAAUUUAGGCCAGAUCACUUUCCCCACUCACCACUCACGGGGCACCUGCCGCCGUUCAACACAAGCUCACACUGUUAUGAGUCCCUUUUAGUUCCCUCUCAAUGCUUCAGACAUCAAAGAGAAUGUCUCCAUUUUGGUAUGAGUGCCUCUUAAAUACUCACCACUUGCCAAUCUCGAUUUUUAACAGA